CUCCCACUGCCGAUUCGUCAACAACUACAACUCCCAGGGUUCUUUGCGCGUUUUCCAGAAUCUUGUCGAUUCUUCGAUGAGUUUGCUACGUGCAACUAUCUGCAUUUACUGCAAGCUGCGGGGACCAAACAUUGGACGCGAUUUGUGAACGCUACUUUAUUAGUUUGACCUACUGAACCAUCAUGCAUCACUUGGCGCCCACCAGCAGCCAGCUGGGUUUUCUACCAAGCAUGUGCACGUUUUCGGGGCCCACAAACCUUCCUGAAUUCGAUCUUGGAUCUACAUGUACAUCUGGUCAACUGCAGAGUGGAACGCUGUCCAACAGCAGUUGGGAGACGAGGUGCCUCAGGAAGCACAGGAGGAGAGUUGAUGAUGAAGGAUGUCUUGCCAAACGGAGAAGAAUAUCAGCGGAAACCGAAUUGGACAUGUCACACGUCACUGGGAGUCCUGACUGGCCUUCUCCUAACAAUUGUUCUACUUUGAGUACCCUCCAAGCCAGCCAUGCUCCACCACAGCCUUGCCCAGCCCCUCGCAACCUGACACCACUGCUGCCCUCUUCUUCCCCAUCCCGACCUGAGACGGCGAGCUCCUGCAUGGAGAUCGAGGCAGCUCAGAGGAGACUUCGGGAGAUUGAAAACAGAAUAACGCUGGAGGACGAUGACGAGGAUCUCGAUGUGGAGCCAGCCCAACGAAGGCCGGUGUUGGUCAUCUCGGACAGUUUGAAGGAAGGCCUGCAGCGAGGCAUCAGUGACAUUCUCCCACACACAGUAGCCCAAUCUGUGAGCCAUUCCUGCAUGGAGCUGGUGUUGUGGCGGCCACCAGAGAACCCCUUCUGUCGCAGACUAAAAGGCUCCUUGCAGAAACAGAGGAAACAGACUGUUUUGCGACAGCCCCCCACUCCAUGUCCUUCGCCCACCCCGCACAGCACUCCCGUCGACACGCACAGCCCUCUCCUUAACUUUCCCGUCGCUGAAAGCUGUGGAGAGGAGGACAUGGAAAUGUAAGAAGGAGCAAGACUACUCGGACAUGUCAUGUUUGGGACUAAGUUGCUUUCUUUAGACUUGUCGGAAUCAUCCGCUGCUUUGGUCACAUUUUGCAACUUGAGUGAAAUCUGUCAACUUGCUUCAUAGCAACAUUCACACAGCCUGUGUCAGGGUAGAGGAAUUCAUUCUCUUACCAAUUCUAAGCAUUUGCCAAAGUCUAGUAAACUGUUUACAUUACACUGGCAGGUGUAUUUUGUUGUUCUUUUUUUUGCUUUGCUUUUCGGUAAUCUGCAGAGCACAACCCCUGAUUUUUGGACCCUUAUGCCGUCAUAAAUGAGGAACAUGAUUCCUCCCAAUGCUAAUAUGCAUGACCUUGUACUUGAAGGAUCAUAUUUCUAUAUUGCUUAGCAAGAAUGCUAUUUGAGUUUACAGGAGUUUACGAAAUCUUGGAAAUUUCUCUUUUGAUUGGAUUUGUGUUUUUCUGCAUGCUCGCAGCAAUGAGACAUUUUUCCUUUGUUUUCUAGUAAAAUGAUGCUUCAUACUUUUGUUGAAAAA